GCUCUGCUUUCAGCCCCUGAGGGAUGCGCCGAGGUCCGGCGGGGCGGCUCCGGGGGCGGCGGGGAUGGAGAGGGGCCCCGCUCCGCCCGGCCCCGGAGGCGGAGCCAGCGCCCGGCGCGGCGGGAUCGGGAGCCACAUCCCGCAAAGGAGGAGCGGGGCCGGGCACGGCAGCGGGGCGGCGGCGGGGCCGGAGCCCAGCGCCGGAGCUCCAGCAGCGGGGCCGCCCCGCGCCGCCGCCACCGCGCAGGAUGUGGUGGGACGAGCGGGUGUCGGCGCGGUUCCGGAGGAACCUGCAGCCCACCCUCACCUACUGGAGCGUCUUCUUCAGCUUCGGCCUCUGCAUCGCCUUCCUGGGGCCCACGCUGCUGGACCUGCGCUGCCAGACCCAGAGCUCCCUCUCGCAGAUCACCUGGGUCUUCUUCUCGCAGCAGUUCUGCCUCCUGCUCGGCAGCUGCCUCGGAGGGGUCUUCAAGAGGACGCUGGCCCAGUCCCUGCUCGCCCUCUUCGCCUCGUCCCUGGCCAUCUCGCUGGUGUUCGCCAUCAUCCCGCUGUGCCACAACGUGGUGGUGCUGGCUGUGGUCAUGGCCGUGGCCGGGCUGGCCAUGGGCUGCAUUGAUACCAUCUCCAACAUGCAGCUGGUCAAGAUCUACCAGAAGGACUCUGCCAUCUUCCUGCAGGCCCUGCACUUCUUCGUGGGCUUCGGGGCGCUGCUGAGCCCCCUGAUCGCUGACCCCUUCCUGUCGGACACCAACUGCAUCCUGGCCAACGGCACGGCCAACGCCUCCAGCAACCUCCCGCACAUCCGCAAGUCCCUGGUGCCGCACCACCCGGGCAACCUGUCCCACUACGACCUGCCCAUGAAGGGCAUGGUGGUGACACGAGUGUCCUACGCCUUCUGGAUCAUGGCCCUCAUCAAUCUGCCCGUGCCCAUCGCUGUGUUCUUCCUGCUCUACAAGGAGCGGAUGGUCCCCUGCUUCAACGGCAGCAGCCACCCGCUGCUGUCAGCUGACGAGCUGGCCCUGGAGACACGGCCUGGCGACAAGGACGAGCUCUCCACGGCCGGCCAGAGACCCCACACGGCUGCAGGUCACGAGGAUUUGUUCAGCUGCUGCCAAAGCAAAAACUUCCGAGGGGCUUCCUACACCUAUUUCGCCGUGCACAUCACCGGGGCUCUGGUUCUCUUCAUGACCGAUGGGAUCGUGGGAGAGUACUCGGGCUUUGUGUACAGCUACGCCGUGGAGGAGCCGCUGUCCGUGGUGCACAAGGUGGCCGGGUACCUGCCCAGCCUGUUCUGGGGCUUCAUCACCCUGGGCAGGCUCAUCUCCAUCCCCGUGUCCUACAGGAUGAAGCCAGCCACCAUGGUCUUCAUCAACGUGGUCGGGGUCCUCAUCACCUUCCUCCUGCUGCUGAUUUUCUCCUCCAGCGUGGUUUUCUUGUUUGUGGGGACAGCAUCCCUGGGGCUGUUCCUCAGCAGCACCUUCCCCAGCAUGCUGGCCUACACCGAGGACAUCCUGCAGUACAAAGGUUGUGCCACAACCGUGCUGGUGACUGGAGCUGGCAUUGGAGAGAUGGUGCUGCAGCUGCUGGUGGGGUCGAUCAUCCAUGAUCGGGGCAGCUACAGUUUCCUGGUCUGUGGCAUGAUCUUUGGAUGCUUGGCCUUUACCUUCUACGCCCUCCUGGUGUUUUUCCACAGGAUGUACCCCAAGCCCUCCCCAGAGCUGGACGAGGCCUCCCCUGACAAAGCAGCAGCGCCCGAGGACACGGGGCAGUACCAGCGCUGAGGGAGGGCCGAGCUCUGCACAAGCAAUAAACCCACCCCCAAUUCAGCAUUACUCCUAAGGGUGAUUUCACAUUUAAUGAACUGAAUCAUGCAAGUUCUCUGCAAUCAAAAGCACAGUAGGUGGGGUAAGUCAGAAUCGAGGAAAUCAAGCCCAAAACAUCUGAGCUGAGCACGAGGUGCCAGUAGCACUUGUGCCAAAAAGACUGCGAGUGCCAGCCUGGCCCUGGGACUGAAAGCAGGGACGUUUGCACAGCACUUCCUCCUGCAAAUGAACUUUUUUUACCUGUUCAGAAAAGAGGGUGGGAAGGAAAAGCUGCUCUCCGCUCCUCAUCCAAGACUGAAUGUUCUCCCGGCUUGGUCACUGCAUUGAUUUUAUUUUCGGCCUGUGAUGGCACAGGACCCCCUUGAAUUUACAGCACAAUCCUGGGUUUUAAUUCAUUUUUUGUGCAGCAGGGCCUCGAGUCAGUGUCACCUCCCUCGAUCCUUCCAAAGGGGGGAAAGUUCCACAUGGGCAGAGCCCCUCCAGGUGCACACAGUGGUAGCAGGGCCUGUCUCGAUUUGCACACUUGAUUCCUGUAUAUUCCACACUCUAACCAUGGACAGUGUCUUACUCAGCAUGCUCAGGCCUCUUGAUUACUUAAAAUAAUUUGCUUUUCUUUCUUUUUAUUUUUAUUUUUUCUUUUUUCUGGGGGGGGGUUUCUGUUUGGUUUUUUAAGUCAAGAAUGAGCCGUGCUGCUUUGUUUUGCUUUAAGUCACUCCUCGAGCUGCAGUGUCUUUUUUAGAGUGGUUUUAUUUCCAGCUCCAAGAGAAGGGAUUUUUGGGAGCCAGGCUCCAGCUGCUUCACCUGUGCAAUAUCCUCACAUCCAGGUGCCUUGUGUAAGGUACUCCCACAGCCCACGCAUGGCCUGUCCCAGCCACCAGGAAAGGACUGGAUUUUUGAGGAAUGUAAAGGCUCCAUCCAGCUCCUCCUGCCCGGAGUGGCUGCAGAUGUAACUCCUCGCUUGAACUGCUGUAUGUGAUGUACAUAUGUACGUGUGUAUAUAAAGCAGUGUUUAAUUAAAGGUGAUUGAUUGCUAA